GUGGAAUUCUUUCUCCCUCUUGUCCCUGGAAUGCUGUGAGCGAGUCUGGAAGGAUUUCUUGGACAGACAUUUUUGAUUAAAGCCUGUGUUAAGAAGGCUGGCUCAGGGCAGAUCAACGCCACUCCAAAUCCACUCGGUCAGGAGCAGCAGCAGAAUGGAGUUUCGAGGCGCCUGCUUGCUUCUGUGCCUCUUUUGCCUUGUGCAGGUUACAGUCCAGCAAGCUUCCACAUUCAAGCAAAAGCCAGCGAGCUCCAAGAAAGAUGGUGUGAGCCUCAAAAUGAUUGAAGAUCUUAAGGCUCUGAUUGACAACAUCUCCCAGGAGGUGGCUUUACUGAAAGAAAAGCAAGCACUUCAGACAGUGUGUUUGAAGGGCACUAAAAUUCACCUCAAGUGCUUCCUUGCGUUUUCCGACACCAAGACAUAUCACGAGGCCAGUGAAGACUGCAUCUCCCAAGGCGGCACCCUCAGCACCCCCCAGAACGGGGAUGAAAAUGACGCGCUCUACGAGUACAUGAGGAAGAGCAUUGGGUCAGAAGCAGAUGUCUGGCUCGGCAUCAAUGACCUGGCGGCUGAGGGCAAAUGGGUGGACAUGACAGGCAGCAGCAUCCGCUACCGGAACUGGGAGACUGAGAUCACCACCCAGCCAGAUGGCGGCAAACUGGAGAACUGUGCAGCCUUGUCAGGGGUUGCCAUUGGCAAGUGGUUUGACAAGAGAUGCAAGGAUAAAUUGCCGUACGUGUGUCAGUUCAUGAUUGUGUAACAGCAGGGCUCCUACUGCUGACGUGUAGGCCAGGUU